CUUUUCCGGAGGGCGUAUUCGAAGGGCUCGUUUUCGAUAAAUCCAGCUCCGGGCGAUUUUGGCACUUGGUUCCGCUUUCGGGUACUUUUUCCGCCGGUUCGCGUCGCGAUUUCGUACAAAUUUUCCGCCGCUUGUUCGCUUAUUAUUACAGACCUCGCCCGAAAAACAACUCAAUUUUCUUUUAAAUACGUUCAAUAACAAAUUAAUAAUAAUAAUAAAAUAGCAACAAUAAUUGAUUGCAGUGUAAAAUAAUUAGGUAUUUAUUUAUGAUGAGUUUGGGCAGAUCCUGGGUUUGUUUACAGUCGGCGGAAUUUGCGCAAAGCUUGCGAUUUGUUGACAUUUUUGCAUCCAGGGGUCUCGAUUUUUUUUCGCCAUAAACAAAUUAUUUUAUAAUUUCUUUUAAAAAUCCUAUUGACUUUUAAUAAUCAGUGAUAAUGGCCGAAGAAGAAGUACUUUUCGACGAAGUUUACGAUCUUUGUGAAGAAAUUGGAAGAGGUCCAUUCAGUAUAGUCAGAAGAUGCAUUCAUCGACAAACCGCUCAACAGUUUGCAGUCAAAAUUGUAGACGUAGCCAAAUUUACUUCGAGUCCUGGACUAAGCACCAAUGAUUUGAAACGUGAGGCUACAAUAUGUCACAUGUUGAAGCAUCCGCAUAUUGUGGAACUUUUAGAGACUUAUUCGUCUGAAGGAAUGCUUUAUAUGGUUUUUGAAUAUAUGGACGGUUCCGAUUUAUGUUUCGAAGUGGUGCAAAGGGCUUCGCAAGGAUUUGCUUACAGCGAAGCUGUUGCAAGUCAUUACAUGCGGCAAAUACUCGAAGCCCUACGAUACUGUCACGAAAAUGACAUCAUUCACCGAGACAUAAAACCAGAAAGCAUCCUUCUGGCUACGAAAGAAAACUCGGCUCCGGUCAAAUUGGGAGGUUUCGGUAUCGCUGUACAAUUGCCCGACAAACAUUGCAACAAUAUUCCUGGUAGGGUGGGUUGUCCUCAUUUUAUGGCGCCCGAGGUUGUAGAAAGGCGACAGUACGGAAAAGCAAUAGAUAUUUGGGCUGCCGGUGUCCUUUUGCACGUUUUACUUUCUGGAACGCUUCCGUUUCACGGAAGCGGCCGUCGAUUGACUGAAGCAAUAUGUAGAGGCAAACUUGCAAUAAAUUCAGCUCCUCAAUGGGAAUUUAUUAGUGAUAAUGCAAAAGAUUUGAUUCAACAAAUGUUAAGUGUUGAUCCUAAGCAAAGGAUAACGAUACAAGAAGUUCUUAAUCAUAAGUGGUUAAGGGAUCGUGAUAAAGCUCUUAGAAUCCAUUUAAACGAUACAAUAGAGGAACUUAAAAAAUUCAACAAUAGGAGAAAAUUAAAAACGUGCAUUUUAAACACGGUUAAUUCUAGUAAAUGGUAUCACUUUGAUGAAGCAGUUGACGAUUUUAUUCCCGACUGCGGAAAUGAUGAAGUGACUUCAGUGGCUGUGUCUACUAUAAUGGAUAGUCUAGAUGAUAUUUAUUGUCUUCAAGAAUCGCAACCUCAAGAGAGACCGCACCUGUUAGCUUUAUUAGAAGAUACUCAACUACAUUCCAUAUUGGAAAUAUUUGAUCAAGUGGUGACUCGAUUACCGACGCCCAUCAAAGCUCCAUCUACCGAAGGAGUUCAAACUUGCCUCUUCGUGUUGGAAGUUUUGCGAGAUUUCGAACAUCGCAGGGAUAUUGAUCGGCGCGACAUUCACGAGCUUCGAGAACUCCUCAACCGGACUCAUUUUAAGGCUCUUCUACAAGCCCACGACGUAGUGGCCCACGAAGUAUACGGCGAAGAUGCCGUACGAGUCACGCCGCCUCCUCUACUGCCCUAUCUCAAUGGAGGCGACGACUUGGACGGGCCCAAUGGAGAAGUGGAAAUGGAAAAUGUGACCCGAGUCCGUCUGGUACAGUUCCAAAAGAACACCGACGAACCAAUGGGCAUCACAUUGAAAAUGAACGAAGAUGGUAAAUGUAUAGUAGCCAGAAUAAUGCACGGUGGUAUGAUCCAUAGACAAGCAACCCUGCAUGUCGGCGAUGAAAUUAGGGAAAUCAAUGGAAUACCUGUGGCCAAUCAAUCUGUAGGAGCUUUGCAAAAAAUACUCAGGGAAGCACGAGGUUCAGUCACUUUCAAAAUAGUUCCAUCUUACCGAAGUGCCCCACCACCUUGCGAGAUAUUUGUGAGGGCGCAGUUCGAUUACGAACCAUUGGACGACGACCUGAUUCCGUGCGCUCAAGCGGGCAUAGCGUUCAAAACUGGUGAUAUUCUACAAAUUAUAAGCAAAGACGAUCACCACUGGUGGCAGGCCCGGAAAGAUCAAGCCGGCUCUGCCGGCCUGAUCCCGUCGCCCGAACUACAAGAAUGGAGAGCCGCUUGCGCGGCUAUGGAAAAAUCCAAACAGGAACAAGUCAAUUGCUCAAUAUUCGGCAGAAAAAAGAAACAGUACAAGGACAAAUAUUUGGCCAAGCACAACGCAGUUUUCGACCAAUUAGAUUUAGUUACCUACGAAGAAGUUGUUAAGUUACCAAUGACUGAUCCAGCAUUUCAAAGAAAAACGCUGGUAUUACUCGGAGCUCACGGGGUGGGACGCAGGCAUAUAAAGAAUACCUUGAUAGCGAGGCAUCCCGAUCAAUACGCUUAUCCGAUUCCACAUACAACGAGACAACCGAGAGCGGAUGAAGAAAACGGUCGCAAUUAUUUCUUCGUUACCCACGACGAAAUGAUGACGGAUAUCGCCGCUAAUGAAUAUUUGGAAUAUGGAACCCACGAAGAUGCCAUGUAUGGAACAAAGUUGGACACAAUUAGGAAAAUUCAUCAAGAAGGAAAAAUGGCAAUCCUAGACGUGGAACCACAGGCCUUAAAAGUACUCAGGACGGCGGAAUUCGCUCCUUACGUUGUGUUCAUUGCGGCUCCCCAGCUACAAAAUAUCGCUGACUUCGACGGUAGUUUGGAACGCUUAGCCAAAGAAUCGGAAAUGUUGAAGCAAGCCUACGGCCACUAUUUCGACCUGAUAAUCGUCAAUAACGACAUCGACGAGACCAUCGGUGCCUUGGAGACCGCUAUCGAGAAAGUCCAGACCACGCCCCAAUGGAUACCGGUCUCUUGGGUCUACUGACAGCACGAGAACCUCGACUACUACGGGUCACUUCAGUAUUUUUAACAGUGAAUACGACGGCGACCUUGUGUAAGGUUCGCCAUUGAUUUUCAAGAACAAAACGAUGAUGGACAAUGAAAGCGCAUAGAUUUAGAUGGAUACCCAAAGAUUGGUACCAUCAAAAUUUCUAUUUAGUUGGCUUGCAAAUACGGCCUAACUACAGACAGAUUUAUUUGUUGUUAUGUUGUCAGUACACGUUAUUUUCAUCAUAAUUGGAAUUGAGUUAUCUGAAAUAGUAUUAGUAUAAUUUUUUUUUUCACAUUUAUGGGUUUCAUCUAUAUCUAUGCAGCUUAAAAACUUAUCAGUUAGUGCACCAAUUCCAUAUGAUUAUUAUUAUUAUCAGUCUUAGGUUUCCUAUUGGGCAUUUAAUUUUGUGUGUGAAAAUAUAUUGAAGUUCUUCACUAAAUUUCCACUUAGUGAUUUGGGGCACUUACUGUAUAAGAAGUUAUUCCCCGAUAUUGAACGCAUGAUUUGACAUUUUUAAACUGAUUUCACAAUCUAUAGAAAUAUUAUUUAUUUUUGGAAAAAAUCACGCCAUUACCAAAACCAAUAUACUGACCAAAGACUUUCUUUUGUGCUUGUUUAUUAUUAUUUAUCUAUUACUUUAUUUUGUUUUACAUUCUAUAUUAUUUCAUAAUGUCAGUAAUUGAAAGAAAAUAUUAAGACUACCAGUACUUUCUUAAUAAUAUAUUAAUGAAAUGGACUUCCAAAGAUCAAUUAACUUUAUUAGAUCUAUAGGUAGGUUUUUUAAAUAAUAAUAUUUUGGAAAGAAACAUCACCAUAUUACUUUUAGAAAUGUUUCAGAUACAAAAUGCAAUUUAUCAUUUUCCGAUAAAUUUACAAAACUGUGGAAUAUUAAAGUUCAUAUUUCACGAGGAAAAGUUUAAAUUGCAUUAUUCUAUCUAUAAUGCAAGUUGCUUAUUUUUGUUUUUAAUUAAAAUUGCCAUAUUAGUAAUUAUUAUUGUUGGGUAAUUUUGGUCUUAUUGUUAUGUUGCACAAAAUUAGUUUUUCUGGUGAAUACCUAAUGUUUUACUUUUUUUUAACCACUGCCUGAUUUUUACCAGAAAAACGAGUUUUGUAUUUAAGAGUUAUUUUAUAUAGUUUUAAGUAGGUUUAAAGUUUUGUUUAGGGGAAAAUGUAUCCAUAUUAUUUUGCAGGUGAAUAUUUUGAAAAGGAAAAGAGAUUUAUUUAGUUGUUUUAUUUAUUUUGUUAUUUAUAUUUUCUGUAUCAAACUACUAUCAAAUUGAAGCAAAACAAGAACAAGCAUUAAAAAAAAUUACCAGUCAGAGCAAAUUUCAUUGGUUGAAAAUAGUCAGAAAAUUGUUUGUUGGUGCUUCGCACCAAUUACGAACUCUCUGACUGAUUGGUUGUGAUUUCUGUCAAAAAAGACCUGAUGUUAAAAUAGCUCUUUUUUGAGUGGGAGAGAGAAAAACGAAAGGGGUUACUAUUGUCUGGCCAACAAAUCUGAAGCUGGGCAUGUAGCUGUAGUAGAAUGUGGCAGAUUCCAUUCAUAAAAUAGACAGUGGCGUGCGGAAUUUUUUAACUGUAUAUCGUAUUGCAACCUCGAUUGCAACUCAUAUACGAAAAUUGGCAAUGCGACCAAACUCAUAUCACUAGAUAUUUCCAUACAAGUCGAUACUUCGAAAUGGGAUGAUAAAAUCCUGACCAAUAGUGAGACGUUUUCCCCAUGGCGAUCGCACAGUUUAUACCGUACCGAUACAGUUGUUCAACUCCGUUGACAAACCAUUGAUUUUUUUGAAGCCAAAUUCUAUGUCCCCAUAUUUCGCGCUUGCGCAUUAUUGAUCGGAAACAACGAAUCCUGGGCCGUGGACAGAGUCGGACUAGGAUUUUUUGUGGAUUAACAUUGAGAAUAUAACGGGAUCAUAUAAUAAUAAACAAAGAUUAUGUGAAUAUAUAGAGUUAACCUAAUAUGAAAUAUGUAAAUAUAAAUACUUACAGUCGUUCAUCGUUCGGGAAACUAAAAUAUCCUAAGCCUGGGCUAGUUCCAGUGUUGUUUUUACAGACAAAACAGGAAGCAACCAUGAUAAUACACAAUAUAUAAACGAUAAAACAGUCAAGUACACAAAAAUCGCGAAUAGCGCGGAAAGCAAAACACUCUUUAGCCGAAUUUCAAAUUGAUGAAUUUUCCGGUUACUUUUCAAUUUCCUGAAUAAUUUCAGUCAAAAAAACUUCUCUUCUUUUUUUGUAAUACAAUCCUGUUGCGUGUCUCGUUUGACAGUUAUUUCUCGCGGGUUUCUCACCCAAGCUAUCUCUGUCUCUUUUUUGCGUGCAGGAUUGGAAAGAGACAUGUAUGUGCCGAACUGCUUUUUCAAUUUGAGAGAUUUGUUCACUCAUUGAGCGCAUGCGCAAGAUAUGGGUCAAAAUGCUCCUAUUGGUUGGAGAAUUUGGCCUUAAAAAAUAUGGAGAGUUGUACAACUGUAUCGGCGAUCGUGUGACAAACGCCACCAAUGAGGUCAGUCCAGGCCGCAUGUUUGCCAAAUUGACAAAAGCUGAUGAUCUCUUGAGAAAAUGUUCACCUUUUAUCAAUGAUAAACAAAAUUGAAGAAAUCAGUUAAUAAAUAAAAAUACAUCUAACAACCACUAGUUUCAGAUCUCAAUGCUUCAGAUCCACUAGCCAGACAAUAGUAGCGGCAACAUUGUAAAUGUGAAGUGCGUCAAUGGCGUACUUUUCUAAAAUCGGCGCCAAAAAUCAAAUUCGAGGUUUUAAAAAAGUCGCACUAUUUUUAAAAAAAGUUAUUUUUUACAAGAUUCAAAAUGUCCUCGUUUCCAUCUGAAAAUUAUAAAUGUUAGUGAAGUUAUGUGAAACCGGAUUAAGGGCCGGUUUAUCAAUGAGGGUUACCCUAUGAGUUAGGGACAACUCUGGGUCAAAAAAGCGGUGCUUAUGAAAUUAUAACCUCAAAAUUUGUUACCUACAGCAAGGAUAAUACACACUAUUAAAAUAUUCUCCUUGUUUAUUUCUACAUUUAUCGAUAAUUUAUAAUAACACAGAUCGAAAUUAGCAAUAAAUAAUUAAAUAAUAGCUUUGGAAAAACCAAUUUCAAAGGUUUGGGAGGUUUUACGGAUUAUUUGGAAAUUUUUAAUGAAAAUACAAAGAAUCUCUUUUACCUUUACAAGGCCAACUGCCAGGCACUUUAUUUUACAUUUUUCGGCACUAAAUCGGCCAAAAAUCAACCAAACUGUGGAAAAUAUGAACAAAACAUUUUUUGCGACGUCAUAUUAUGUACUGUCAAUACUACCAACUGCCUUGAACGUCAAAAAUUGAAAAAAUUACAAGGCCUACUUGGUUUCUAUAUGGCAAUUCAAUCCAUAUGGCAGCCACAGUCAAACAAUGAAAUUGAGGCCGAAGAAAAACCAAUACACAGUAAAAAAAAAAACACAGAUAUUUAACUGUUUAUUGCUACAUUUAUCAAUAAUUUAUAAUAAUAGGGAUUGAAAUUAGCAAUAAAUAAUCAAAUGUUAAUUAUUAAUGCAGGCUUCAGAAAGGCAAUUUCAAAAUUUACGGAUUAUCUGGGGAUUUUUGAUGAAAAUUCAAAAAAUCGCUCUUACCUUUAAAAGGCCAACUCAGAGGCACUUUAAUUCACACUUUUUCGUAUUUAAUCACUUGAAAAACACUAAAUUUAAAAAAUAUAAACAAAAUAUUUUGUACGACGUCAUAUUGUGUACUGUCAAUAGUACCAACUGUUUUAAAUGUCAAAAAUUAAAAAAAUUACAAGGCCUACUUGGUGUUUAUAUGGCAAUCCCUUUGAAUAUAAAACUACAGGAAGGAGCUGAAAUUGGCACCGAGAAAUAACAAACGCACAGAUGUUUAUCCGUUGACGCCAUAUUGAAUUAAGGUUUUGACAGGUGGUUAAGUGUCUCGCCGUAAUUCGCAUAAAUUAAUAAUAAAUGUCAUUUUUUGUAUUGUUUAUUUGCAAUAGAGUCACUAUUUGCGAAAAACACAAUAAGAAAGAGCUAAGCACAUAAAAUAUUCAUAAACGUC